AUGCAAUCCGGGCUCGCUAGGGGGGAUAGUUUUGUCGUAUGGAUCCAAAGCCCCUCAAAUCAUACCAUAUCUGACAUCUAUACCUUUAGCAAUGAGCUCAUCUAUCCCAUCGCAGCCAAGCUUCGGGAAUUUCUUCGGAAUAACAAACCCUGUGACACUGCCCAAACAGUCCCUGCAUAUGAUUUUGCAAUGGGAGAGACUGUUUGGGAAACCUUUGCGAAAAAUUUUGAAUGGAAAAAGGGAUUCGAUGAUAGUAUGACAUCACGGAACAAAACUCUCUCCGUCCCUUGGCACGACAAGUUUCCAAUAAAAGAACGACUCAAUGCCCGAGAAUCAUCUGCCAAACCAAUUAUUGUUGAUAUUGGUGGAAAUCAGGGGGUGGACUUGCAGCGCUUCGCCGAUACUUUUUCGGAUUUUGACUGUGAACUUAUCCUUCAAGACUUACCAGAGACGAUCAAAAACAUCCCCGGCCCAUUGGACCGAAAGAUACAGCCAAUUGCCUAUGAUUUCUUUACUAAUCAAAUAAUCAAAGAGGCCGAUAUCUAUUAUCUGAAGUCUGUACUUCAUGACUGGGAUGACAUCGCUUCACAGAAAAUUCUCUCCAACACAGCAAAGGCUAUGGGAAGCAAUUCGCGCUUGCUUAUCAAUGAGAUAGUUCUUGCUGAUACCGAAGAAUCACUUGUCCGAGCUGAUAUGGAUAUGUUAAUGCUUUUCUUGAGCAAUGGCAUGGAACGGACAAAGACGCAGUGGGCCGAUUUGCUCGCUAGAGUCGAGCCGCCUCUCAAAAUCGUCAAAAUUUGGUCUGUUCCUGGAGACCAACAGAGUGUUAUCGAAGCCUGUCUCGCGAAGGAAAUGCAAUGA